AUGAGUGCGAAGGUUGAAACUGUCCUCCAGUCCUUGACACUAGAGGAGAAGAUAUCACUCCUUGCUGGAAAGGACUUUUGGGAGACAGUACCUAUACCGGAUAAGGGUGUCCCCGCCAUUAAGACGUCUGAUGGACCCAACGGUGCCCGAGGUGAAGUAUUCACAGGAGGCACACGAGCUGCAUGUUUUCCUGCAGCAGUCAUGCUUUGGCAGAGGAGACCAAGACCAAGAGUGCUCGAGUGCUGCAAUCUUGCACCUACUAUGUGCAACCAUAGACAUCCUCUUGGUGGCCGUAACUUCGAAUCUUUCUCAGAAGACCCGUAUCUUGCUGGCAAGAUGGCCGCUAACGUUGUAAACGGGCUGCAAGAGAAAGGCAUCGCGGCCACUAUCAAGCACUUCGCAGCUAACGAGCAGGAAACGGACCGCCUAAAGGUCAAUGAGAUCGUCUCUGAGCGUGCGCUGAGAGAGAUUUAUAUGAAGCCUUUUGAGAUCACCAUCAAGGAGGCCAGUCCCCUCGCCGUUAUGACAGCGUACAACAAGGUCAACGGAACACACGCAGAUUCGAAUGAAUUCCUUCUUAAGCAGGUCUUACGCGGCGAAUGGGGCUGGGACGGGCUCGUUAUGAGUGACUGGGGUGGUGUCAACUCUACGGCCGACUCAUUGAACGCUGGACUGGAUCUGGAAAUGCCUGGACCGACUAGGUGGCGCAGUGCUGAUACUGUCCUCGAGGCUGUGAAGAAGGGACAUGUCACCGAAGCCACCAUCACUGAAAGAGCGAGAAAUGUGCUGAGGCUUAUCGAACAAGUCGGUGGUUUCGAGAACCCGGAAAUCCCACCUGAGCAAUCUAUUGUCGAUCCAAAGCACAGUAAACUUAUUCGAGAUGUGGCAGGACAGGGCAUCACCCUCUUGAAAAACGACGGUGUCCUGCCACUCAAGAGAGAGGAGAUCAAGGGUAAGACAAUUGGUCUGUUUGGCCUAGCAAAGGAGGCUCUUAUCCAUGGUGGUGGAAGUGCUUCUUUGAAUGCCCACUAUCGCAUCACUCCUGAGGAGGGCCUUAAGGCUGCCUACGGCGACGAUGUAGAAUUCAGGUUCGCAAAAGGUGCAGCUACAUAUCGUCUCAUCCCUCCUCUAUCGAAGGGCUGCAAAGACUCCGAGGGGAAAGAUGGCUGGACCAUGGAACUAUUCAACAAGGGCAACACCAGUAAGCCCAUUAAGACAAAGCACGGCAAUAAGGAAGCCGCUUUUACACCUCUGCUCGAGCAAAACGCCAAAGACAGUGAGGUUAGAUUUACCACUACCUUUACGCCCCGUGAGUCUGGCUCGCAUUAUUUGGGUUGCUCAGGUAUCGGUCCCACAGUCGUACACGUUAACGACAAAGUCGUAUAUGAACAGAAGCACAACUCUCCGGACCCGAUGGGCUUCCUCUUCGGCGGAAACCCCGAGAAAGAGUUUCGUGUGCCGUUCACCAAGGGCGAGUCAUACAAGAUCCAGGUUCAUUCGAAGCCACCCGCCGGCGAGUCAGAUGAAGGCAUCCUCUCGGGUCUUCCAGGUUUCAGACUGGGAUUCAUGUAUGAGGAAGAGCACGACCUAGACAUGGCCGCAGAAGCGAAGGACCUCGCAAAAGAAUGUGACAUCGCCAUCGUCUUCACAGGACACACACCUGUAUGGGAAACCGAAGGCCAGGAUCAAGUUGGCUUCAACCUACCACGCGAAGGCUCACAAGACAAGCUCGUAGAAACAGUCGCGUCAGUCAACUCGAAGACCAUUGUCGUAAAUUCAACGGGUGUGGCCGUUGCCCUACCCUGGUUAAACAAGGUUUGCGCUUUGAUACAAGCAUGGUUCCCUGGCCAAGAAGCCGGUAAUGCCAUCGCAGAUAUCAUAUCUGGCACCGUGAAUCCCUCCGGUCACCUUCCAAUCUCUUGGCCCAAACGCAUCGAAGACGCGCCGGCACACGGUAACUUCCCUGGCACUCGGGACGACAAGGGACAGCUCACUGUCAGGUACGAAGAGGGUAUUUUUGUAGGCUACAGGCACUAUGACCGCAUCGCCGCAGACAAAAUCCACUUUCCUUUUGGUUUCGGCCUGUCUUACACGACCUUUGUUCUCACUGAUGCACGUGUGCCUCAAUCGACGCCUGAUCAAUUUGCGCCUAACGUCGAGGUCACGAACAUAGGGGAUGUCGCUGGAGCUACGGUUGUCCAAGUAUAUGUCGGCAGGAAAGAUCGAUCGGCUGAGCAUCCUGUCAAAACAUUGGCAGCUUUUAAGAAGGUUUACUUGGAACCUCGCACGCAAGCCAUUGUGCAGCUUGAGUGUGCGAACAAGGAUUUUGCUUACUUCGAUGAGGCGAAGGGGAAGUGGACUGUCGAUCGAGGACAGUAUGAAUUCUCAUUUGGUCAGAGUGCGGGGCAUAUCGAGCAGGUCGUCGUUGUUGACGUGGAGGGAUCGAGGGGGCUGAAGUUGUAG